GAAAUAUUUAACCUAGCUUGGAACUACUCCGUGUUUUUUUUCGCCAUUUCUGCGUGCUAUUCUUUCUCGAAAGACUCGAAUUGCGAGACCAAUCUCAUAAAAAUUCCAAUCUUUUUCCGCCCAUUUUCGUAAACAUUUCGCAGUAAGGGGGCUCCGGGAAGAUUCCAUAAAUUUGAAAAAUGGAUCAUUAAUAUCUUCUCUCUGUUUUAGGAUUCGGAGAUGGCGAUGUUCGGAUAUGCAGGCCCUGCGGAGCUAGCUUCUUCUUCUUCUUCUUCUUCCCUAGGGUUUUGGAAGACCAGGGUUCCGUCUUCUUCGUUCAUCCCUAGACGGUGGCGCAUUUCUCCCGGCCCUGCGCCUGGAAGAAAUGACAUUUCAAAACAACUCCGCUUCUCCAUCCGUAGUUCUUUCGUUCCCAUGGACUCCGCCAAGAUUAAGGUCGUCGGAGUUGGUGGCGGUGGCAACAAUGCCGUCAAUCGCAUGAUCUGCAGCGGCUUGCAGGGAGUAGAUUUUUAUGCCAUUAAUACAGAUGCUCAGGCACUGGUGCAGUCUGCUGCUGAAACCCCAAUUCAAAUUGGAGAACUUCUGACUCGCGGACUAGGUACGGGGGGCAAUCCUCUUCUCGGGGAACAGGCAGCACUCCUUAGUUUCCUUCGGCAGAGCAUUAUAUGCCCUCCAGUUAAAAUUUUGAACACAACAUGGUGUGGUUCAAGUUCACUAUCGUGCAUUCUCAUGUUGGUUUAUCUUGCAUUUCUAUUUUCCCAGGCUUUGGAAGCUAUUGAAAAACUUCAGAAAAAUGUUGAUACUCUUAUAGUGAUCCCAAACGACCGUCUGCUUGACAUUGCAGAUGAGCAGACACCACUUCAGGAUGCUUUUCUUCUUGCUGAUGAUGUGCUUCGUCAAGGUGUACAAGGAAUUUCUGAUAUAAUCACAAUACCUGGGCUUGUAAAUGUGGAUUUUGCUGAUGUAAAAGCAGUCAUGAAAAAUUCUGGAACUGCCAUGCUUGGAGUGGGAGUGUCAUCUAGCAAAAAUCGUGCCGAAGAAGCAGCCGAACAAGCAACUCUGGCCCCCUUAAUGGGAUCUUCUAUCCAGUCUGCAACUGGAGUAGUUUAUAACAUCACAGGAGGCAAAGAUAUAACUCUACAAGAAGUCAACAGGGUCUCGCAGGUUGUUACUAGCUUGGCUGAUCCAUCAGCUAACAUUAUAUUCGGAGCCGUGGUGGAUGAACGGUACAAUGGGGAGAUCCAUGUGACAAUGAUUGCCACCGGGUUUGCGCAGUCAUUUCAGAAAACACUUCUUACGGAUCCCAGAGGAGGAGCAAAGGCGGCUGAGAAGGGUGGUGGAGGAAGCCAAGAGAGUGGGCCGCCACUGGUUACUCCAAGGUCCCCAUCUAUCCCCUUACCUUCUUCUUCUUCUAAUUCACAGCCUCCUCUUCGGAAGCUUUUCUUCUAGCCUUAGCUAUUUCUAAUUCUCAGAUUUUUGCUUCUUUUUUUUCCUCAUGUCGGGGUAAGAUGCUACUGAUCAUUUAUUAAUAUACCACAAGAUAUGCACCAUUAAAUCUUACGGAGUACUUGAGGUUUCGUUAGUCUGUCUGAUGAGGUCCAAAAGAAUAAAAUUAUAUUCUUCUUAAAUCCCAAAAAAUUGUUACACUUGAU